UUCUCCUCAGCUCUCAUCUCCUUGCCGUGGCUCUCACCUCCGUGCCGUACGGUAGGCUCGACUAUCUGGCAGCCUAUCGGACUGUGAGCGGUCCUUGCUCAGAUAAACCUUUGCACUGCACUCUGCCGUGCUGAUCUGUCUUGUCAACAACACGAAUCAAGAUGGCCUCUUCACCGCCGUCGCCAAGCACAAGCGAUGACGAGUCAUCCGAAGAAGACUCUCCCACCAUUCCCGAGCCCGAUGUUGCAGGUGAUGACACUGGAACUGCUGGUGAAUCGCAAGGCGAUACUGCAGAGGAGGUACAAGUAGACGAUGGAGCAGAUGAGGAAAGUGAGGCUGCUACUGCUGCGAAAAGUGGUGUUGGCCAGAAGGAAUCAGAAGACGACGAAGCGGUAGCUGAGACCACCGCCAAUGACACGCCAAAGGAUAAAGACGGUGAAGACGGAGAAGGGGAGACCAGUGAAGUGGGCAUAGACGAGGACAAUGCAGUGGAUGAACAAGACGGGGUAGGAAAAGACGGUCGAGUGGAUCAAGUCGAUGCCGAGACAAAAGACGAAGACGUAAAGAAGGAGGGCGGAUCAAUGGCAGAGGAACCCAAUGACAAAGAGGAUCUCGAGCCAGCUGUCGCAACAACAUCAGACGACAAGGAUGACACAGUAUCAGAUGACGAGGAUGACGUAACAGAAACAAAAGCUGACGAUGAUACCACACUAAUGCCACCACCCUCAGAGUCACAGACAGUGGAAACAGCAAAUGCCGUCCGAGCGGACGAGUCACUACGCAGCAGUACUCCCGCACCAGCUCCUGCUCCCGCACCCGCACCACGAACCAAGACACACGAAGCACCUCAGCAUGUUACCAGGCCUACCGGUAGCAAAACGUGGUUGUCAGGUGCCAUUGCCACCAUUGGCAAUAUUCCCACAGCCGUGGCCAAACGCACGAUAACGCCCGUCGGAACUCUCAGCGUCCAUUCAGGACAUAGCAGUGUCAUGACAUCAGCAAGUAGUGAUCACAACAGCACCGCUCGCAGUGUGGAUUCGACCGGGAGUGCUUCCACCGAACGAGCACAAAAUCGACGGCCAGGAAAGAGAAAGAGCAAAACGAAAAAGAAGAGGAUUGACCCAGACACGUUGGCAAAAUACACAAACCAAGUCACAUCCUUGCUCGAAGAACACUUUGGAGCCAUCAAAGACGACGAAGCCACAUUUGAAGACAUGGGACUCACAUCUGCCAAAGCCAUCGAACUCAAUACGCAAGUGGCCAAGUCGUUGGGUGUCACGAUGCCACAUGACUACCUGUACGAGUUCUGUGCCACACCGGCCAUUUUCAAGACAUAUGUUGUCAGUCGCAUGAGCCAGGAUGAAAGCUUUGAAACGGUUCCUCGAAGACCCGUGGUAGAACGAAAGAUGCAUCCCAAGUACAAGCUUCGAUGGGGGACCAUGGGCAUAUAUCAAGCAGUUCUUGCCGUGGUAAUCUUGUUGCUGUGCACGUUGUCAUUGUUGCCAUGCUGGUACUUGUUUGAUGCUUUGUGGAAGGUCGACAUGCUGUCCCUGCUGGUGCCCAUUUACAUGGUGAGCGCUACUGCAGUGCUGGUCGUGACAAAAUGGGUUGUCGUCGGACACUAUCGGGCAAAAAAGAUAUCAGCUCCAUCACUACUCUACUUGCAAUUCUGGUUUGUUGAUCGCUUGGUAGCGAUUUGGGAAUGCUAUGUCGGACGGUUCCUGCUGGAUACGCCCUGGUUAUGUGGGGUGUACAUGUUGCUGGGUGCAAAUAUCAGCUUGUCUUGCAACCUCAAGGGCUUCAUUCGAGAAUUUGAUCUCGUCACUAUUGAACCGUAUGCUACACUGGAUUAUCCCUGUCUACAGGCACGGUCUUUCCAAUCCUGGGAUGUCAUGGAACGAGGUCCUACCAUGAUAUUUCGAUCCAUUACGAUCGGCACAAAGAGCUACGUCCGCGGAUUCUUGUCGCCCGGGGUCCGUGUGGGCCGGAAGGCCCAUGUCGCAAAGUUAUCUGUGGUACCCGAGGGAUCUGUAAUCCCAGAAAAAACCUUGGCAGCAGGGAAUCCAGCCGUCUUGGCGGGUUCAGCUCCCAAACAUACCUACUAUGGAUGGGGCCUCUUCAGUCUUCUCAAGACAAUCUUCAUGUACUUCGAUCUGUGGCUAUUUUUCCUGCUGGCGAAAAUGGCAGCGCUAGUCACCAAAGCAGUCCUCGGAGGUGGGAAUGGCACCAACGACUUGAACAUUUGGGCAUUUUUGUGUUUCCUAUUUGUUUACGCAAUCUCCAUGCUUGUGAGCAGUGUCCUUGUCAAAUGGCUUCUCAUUGGAAGGCGAAACCCAGGACCAGCUCGGGAGUAUGUCUGGCAGGCCUUUGCUGACUGGGCAGCAGACUAUCACUUUUCCCUUGCCAUCCUGUUGUACCGAAUUGUCGCCAGUCAAUCACGCCUUUCCAACUUGCUGCUAAUGCUGCAUGGCAUGUCGUUGGAUUUCGCCUCUAAGGUCAACAUUGCGUGUUUCCCCCCUUCCAAAGUUGAUAUGAUCUGCAUGCGGCGAUCGUUCGUUGCAAAUUGUACGUUCGAUGUCAGGAAGAAUGGCGAGUUUCGCAAAACCAUCAUCGAAGACAGCACUAUUGGAUCCGGAAGUCAUAUCGCUCCGGGUAUGUCCUUAUGCCGGGCAGUGGUCCCUCCCUUGAGUUUUGUAGGAGAAGAUGUUGAUAAGAAGGGGAUGAAGCACAUGAGCCAUCUUGUCAACUCGUGGCGACUCUACUUCCAUGAGAUUGUGAACCUCUACCUUCACUGCGUCUUUAUCGCGGUCUUCUAUGUCACACUCCUCCCAGCCUACAAAUACUGGAUGCUGUUCUACGAAGCCGGAAUCAACGGGGGCCAUUUUUGGAUAGUUUCUGUCGGUGUAAUCACCAUUUUGACGUACACCUGGGCUCUGGUUCUGCUGGUGCUGCAAGCCAUUGCUCUAUGUGGUGUUUCAGAAAAAAGACCGUAUCCUUGGAGCAUGCCAUUCUACAACGUCUACCAGUCAUUUCUGGAUACCUUCCAAGAGUAUUCUCUGGCCUGGCAUGUGCUGUAUGGAACUCAGCUGUUAAACGAUUGUAUACGGUUGUUGGGGGCCAACGUACAUGGUCGGGCACUGCUGUUUGCUCGAAGCUUUGCAGAUUUUCCCUUGCUGACUAUAGGCGACAAAGCGGUUGUCGAUGGAGCACGAGUCUCAGGCAACGUGACACUGUACGACUUCGUAGAACUGGCACCUUCCUACACGUCCGGAAUUGUCUACGAUGGAUCUGUGAUAAUGGGCAACGGACUGGGGAUCAAACAGAGGAUUGGCCCGUUCCGAGCGAUUGUACAGAGCUCCGAAGAGCUGAGAAUGCCUGAACCAGGGUAUUCGGAAAGAAGAUUAACACACACACCAGAGGUAACCAUGGUAUAACAAAGGCGAACAGCUGCAUCAAAACCAACCUAUUAUACCACCUGUUCGAGAGAGCAUCCUAGCGUAGCCCAAAGUAAAUGCAUUUCAUCGUUUGGUUGCUAGCUAGGAGCAGAAGUUCCCUGUGGCUGCAGCCGUGAAACAAUUUAGGCCUUCUCUCAAAACCGUCUUCCGUCUCGAUCUCCAAUGAAUCCCUGAUCUUGUGCACCAACUUGACUGGCUCAGCAACCAGCUGCUUGUAGGAGACAUGAUAAACAUUAGGAUCUGCCUUGACCUGGCCUUUACAGAAUGCAACCAAAGCAUCACUGGACAAUGCAUCCUUCGUCUUCAGGUUCAAAUCAAUGGACUUCGGCCAGUCAAGAUCCUUACAUCCAGUUCCUUGGCUGGGUUCGUGCAAUCAACCUGCGAUGGCUCGGACUACUACUCUUGCAGGCUUCAGAUGUGUGAUGGCUACAGCUGCUUCAGGGAUGGCUUCCCCAAAGUGCAAGAAUUGAAGUUGUGAGGGGGGACUUGAGAGGACAAAGCACUCAUUGGGAUGCUGGUUUUCUCCUUGACCUGCUUCCUCUCACUCUAUGGGACAUUUCGGAGCUGAUUCUCUCGCUGAUCUGCAUUCUUCAUUGGUUGUUGAAUCCAUUCACAAGUUUUGUGACUCUCUCAAGACAAACUCUGUCAAGCUCCGCUGGGUUGGACGCAAGAAUCUUCAUAUUGUUCUGACACCACGACUCCCCCAAUAUUUGUUGAUACUCCAUCAUGCAGAGAAACCCUAUGUUAGGCCAAACCCAACUCAGCAGGCCACUGAUCUGUACUGACUCUUGCCUGCACCCACAAAGAAUAGCAUGCCUAUCAAUCUACUGCAUGGAAGAAAGGAGACGUAGCAAGGCUUUUGAGAUAUCCAAAACCUCCUUGGGGGAAAAUCUAUAGGACUACCGUACCUUGCAGCUGAAGAGCUGCAAAAACGUUGGACACACUGGAAGAAAUCAGAAUCAAACCAACUUUUAGAACCAAUGUAACAUUAGGCA